AUGUCCGAGAAUGUGCAAGUGGCGGUGCGUGUUCGCCCGUUCAACGAGCGAGAAAAGUCUAUGGAGAGCACACCUUGCAUCCGUAUGGUGAGGGAGACUCAACAGACGAUCAUCACCGACCCGGAGACAAAUAUCGAGAAGGCGUUCACAUUCGACUACAGCUACAACAGUUUUGUCCCGUCUUCCGAUCCCGCCUAUGCCUCUCAACAAACUGUAUGGGACGAUAUUGGUAUCAAGGUACUUGAACACGCCUGGAACGGCUUCAACGUCAGUUUGUUUGCGUAUGGCCAGACAGGCGCUGGAAAGUCUUUUUCAAUGGUAGGCUACGGCAGCGACAAAGGGAUUAUUCCUACAGCUUCCGCGGUGAUUUUUGAGCGAAUCGAAGCAAACACUUUAGAAAUCACGUUCAAAGUGGAGGCCAGCAUGAUGGAAAUUUACAACGAGCGUGUCAAAGAUUUGUUCAAUCCAUCGUUGGAUAAUCUGAAGGUUCGAGAUCACCCAAGCCAAGGACCGUACGCUGAGGGUCUUACUCGUAGCGCUGUGUCCUCUUACUUAGAAAUCGACAGGGUGCGUCAAUUCGUCUAA